AACGCCAAAUCUGUGUGUUCAGUGGCGCGAGAGCCACGCAGAGAGAUGGCCGUGUCGCUGUACGCCGUCCUCACGCUUGCCGUCACGGCGCUAGGGGCGACUAUUGCACCUUCAAGUAAUGAGAUAAUAGAAAAUUCUUUAUGUGGACGAGUUUGGUUGACUGUCCGCUCUCCUGACGUCAGGAUAACACCAACUGUUAUCCUACAAGAUGUGUUAGAACUAAACUGGGACUUCAACGGAUGUUCUACAAUACCGACACAGAUCGGGUUGUUCGAUGAGAAGCCUCAGUCAUGGAUGACUGCUCUGUCGGUGUUCGCUGUGCCUUCGGUGGAAGGUUAUGUGAUAACCAACAUGUCUUUGGGGCGCGGCACGCUGCCCGGCGGCUGGGAUAACAGUGUUGGUUCUAAAGGACCUAAAUGUUUGUGGCCUUGGGUGGGGGCUGGAGAUAGCCAGAACAUUCAAGCUUUUAACUGCUUGAAAAUCCAGCCCACUUGGAUGGAGGAUAAUGCGGCUAAAAUCAACAAUCUACGCAUCGGCGAUUUAGCGAUUGCCGGGACACACAACGCAGGGGCUUGGCGCUUCGACACCGAACUGAGCCAAGUCUCCCGGGACAGCUUCGUCCUGUGCCAGGACAGGUCCAUCUGGGCUCAACUCGUCCACGGCAUCAGAUACUUCGACUUCAGAAUCGCUUACUACGAAUUUUAUGGGAAUGAGGAUGACAGAUAUUGGCUGAACCAUAACUUAAUUAGAGUCCGGCCUUUAGUUCCAUUGCUUCGAGAAAUAAGAGCGUUCCUUGACGCGACUAAAGAGGUAGUGUUUCUGGACGCCCACCACUUCCCAGUUGGUUUUUACCAGCCAGAUGGCGCUCCAAUCCGCAGCGUGCAUGCAGGAUUACUGGAAAUUGUCCAAAGGGAACUAGGUCCCCAUUUAGCACACGCCGGUGAAUUUGGAACUGGAAUAGGGUCCAAGGGACCUACUCUACAAUCACUUAUCAGCGCUAACAAACGAUUGUUGUUUAGUUACGUUGAUAAUGCUAUAGUUAGCCAAAACUCCUGGUUGUGGCCUAUUCUACCUCAUUUAUGGGCGAACACGAACAAUCCAACAGAACUGUUCCAGUACUUAGACGCGGCGAUCUCCAUGUCCCCGCAGCCGACGGCCAGGUCGCCUUUGUUUUCGGCAAUGGCUCAAACCACACCCACCGUUCUUGAUAUUCUAUUCCUACGGGGCUCCUUGCGAGAAAAUGCCGAUGCCGUCAACCGCAACGUUACUGCCAGAUUCGCCUCGCGCUGGCGAACCCAAGCCAACAUCAUAUCGACUGACUUCUUCCUGGGCAACGAUGUAGUCGAUUUAUCUAUAAUGAUCAGCAAUGAGCGCGCCUCCCGCUUAUGACGUCACCGCCGACGCUUCCGCAGCGGCGGUCUCCACGUGAAGGUGUCCCGGCGCCGCGCCGCCGCCGCGGGCCGCCGCUCGCCGUGGCUUCCGCGCGCCAGGAACCGCUCCGAACCGCCGCGCCGACUAUACUUACCCGACCAAUUUAUCUAGUUACCUGCUGAUCGCGCAUAUCCGCCUCAUCACUGCCAUACAGAGAGCGCCCAGCGGACCAGAAGUGAGAUAAUUUUAGUUAUUUAAUUUGUAGAUAAAACGAACCUAGUCUAUUGGUCUUUUAAAAGGAUCGAAUUGAAUUUGUACAUAGAAUACAAGUGUGCCAAAGA